AGCAGUUACUAAACAGUGGGCGUCCACUACGUUCUGCCCCCGUGGAGGAUGUAAUUUGUUCGGGCCGGGGUGAGGGUAGGUUGUGGGGUCGUGCUCUGGGGACAGGCUAGUGAGCCCUCUACACUUCGGAGAGGCCCCGUCUCCACUUCCUGGAGCUGCUCUGGGUAAUGAAACCCCCUGGAGGAGACUCAAGCAAUCUCUUUGGAACUCCAGAAGAAGUUAUUCCUUCAAGUAGACCAAAUAGAAUGGCAUCUAAUAUCUUUGGAGUAUCUGAGGAACCUCAGAAUACACCCAAAAGGUCAAAUCCUCCAGGAGGCAAAGGAAGUGGUAUCUUUGAAGAGCCUACUCCUGUGCAGGCUCGAUAUCGUUUGAAUCCCCCUGGUGGGAAGACCAGUGACAUCUUUGGGUCUCCAGUCACCAUUACUGCGCCCUUAGCACACCCAAACAAGCCCAAGGAUCAUAUUGUCUUAAGUGAAGGUGAGGACACAAAAUUGCAACUCAAAGCUACAGAGAAUACACAUUCUUCAAGAGAAGAACAUGAUGAGAAAUGUGACAAAGGAAAAGAAGAACGAGCAAGGGAAACUGAGUCUAAACUCAAGAUUGACAACCACGAGCCCAGGUUGGGCCCCAGGCCUCGCUCACACAACAAAGUCCUCAACCCACCAGGUGGCAAAUCCAGCAUCUCUUUCUACUAAAGGAAACUAAUACCAGCAUCUUCAGACUAGAAACUCUUCUGUUAGGGUGUCAAGGUUUAUAGUUUCUAAUUAGUACAAGUUAGGAUGGGCGGGGAGGGAAGGGGUUGAUGAUUCAUGUGUGAAGAUUUUCAUGUAGCUCGUUGUUCAAGCUUGUCUUUUAGAAACAGCUAGGGCUGCACAGGACCAGGGGACACAGAGCCUUUCAGGGAAUAGAGUAAACAAAUCUUAUGGGAGCAAUAAGGGAUUCCCCAGGUUUGCAUCCAAGAAUUAGUUCCAAAUAUGAGAGAGUCUUUGAUGAAGUGAAAGAAAAUGGGGAAAGAGUAGAAUCUUCAUGGGUACUAGGAGCAUUUGUGUUUUGGUGGGCAAAUGUACAUCUAGGAUUGGUCCUACAGCAGUAGCCAUUGACAGUGUCACUAGGAGGCUAAAAACUCAUGUGAAUGAUGUGUUGGACAGCUGUUAGAGGAAUGUUCCUGCUACCUUGUCUGGUAAAGGGAUACAACCUGUGUUUCAGAAGGAUAAUAGAUCAUUUAGCUCACACAGUCCUUACAUUAUAAAGUGAUGAUAUAGGACCUUUACCUUUUCUUGGGGGCACUACUAAUAUCUGAGAAAACAGGUGUCAAAUCUGUCUCCUUUUAAGUUUGCCUCCAUGAUGCAUUGUUCUACAGACAUCCUAUAGGCUUUUUGACCUUUUCCCCACAAAAGCCAGGGAAAGACUCACUAAGCUUCAACUUGAAAGGGGUAUUGGACUUGAUUUGAACUCUUGCAGGUGCUUAUGAGUCAAGCCAAUUUUCCUUUUCCCUUGUUUGUAGACCUAUUCUUAAUGGCAGAUUUUUGCACCCAGAUCUUCCAGGGGCAUCUGUACCUUCUGUCAGCUAGAAGGCUGAUCUUAGAUCAAAAGGCCUGCCUUACAUAAGAGAGUAAGUUGGAUCUCUCAUUUACUGAUUUUUGAAGUGAAUAGUUUCUCCCUGCCAUUCUCAUAAGCCUUAAAUGCUUUUGACUGCCUCUUCAGUUCACCAGUGGUGUGAACAUACUACUUUCACAAAACACAGUUCUUUUCUAAAGAUGGGGAGUGGGGCCUUCUGGUCUUUUGUAAAGGCCUUAUUAACCUGUCCAAUUUCUGUCUGAUAUUUUGGUUAUUCAUAUUUUUCUAAGUCUUUUUUUUACUGUAAUCAGUUGAUGGGAGAGUAGAGCAAAUCACUGAAAACCUUUAGUUCUUCAAAUAAACAUUUUGGACAAUAUUUAAAGAGCCCUUUUUAAUGCUUUUUAAAUAUCAGCUUCACAAACUGCUGAUGACUUUGAACCAUUUAUGACACCUUAAUUACAAAGGUACACUAAAGAGUAAGCAGAAAGUUCCCUUGUAUGAGUGAUUACUCAUUUUGGGGAAUCUCUGCAAUCUUGCCCAGUGAAACUGGAAACGUUAGAUCUAAUAUCAUUGCAUAAAAUAAACUCCUAUAUUUUUGAAGCUAUUCUAAUCACAUUUAACUAUAGAAUCAUGCCCCUUUGAUCCAUUUAGGGAAAUGUUCCUCAGUCACACUAAAUAACACUAUAUUUUACAAUUCUGUACCUCUUGCAAUUUGGAACAUCUGUUAUUACCAUGCAAGUAGAGCAGAUGAAGUUUCAUGGUUUCACAAUGGAUAUCUAUAAGGUGAACACCAAAUUCUGGGAAUAUUGUGCUACUUAGAAUAUUUAGCAAGCUGACACCUUGUAUUAAUAUGUACCCUUUGUCCUCAAUAUUUAAAGUGCCUGUAGGAAAUUGCUGUUAAACACUUUAUUUGGCAAAUUACAGGGAACUGGCACAUGGGAUUUGUUAGCCAAAGAUUUUACCUCUUGAGGAUUCCCUGAUGAUUUUGGAGAUUGCUUUAUAGCCAAUCUAAGGUUGCUGUUUCCUAUGAGCCUGUAAAGUACAGAUAAUACCCUGUUUAAAUAAUUGGCUGUGUUUUAGGAUUUUAGAAGUCAGUUAUUUGAAAUGAAAUCAUUUUUUGUAGAAGCAGUGUUAUAAAUGGUGAUUAAAUUCUUAGGCUAGAUAACAGAAGGCUAGUUAACCCAGAAUGUUGCUAAAACUAUGGAACCUAAUCACCAUUUAUAACAGUGUGUCUGUGGGAAAACACAUUUUGGGUGCUAGCUUAUGGUGGCAAAAACAUACCUCAUUAGCCAUAUCCCUGGCAAUGAUAAUUCCCUUUUUCUACCUGAAUUCUGAAGCUCUAAGCCACUAGUGGUAAUUCCUAGAACAAUUUAAGUAGAAGGGGUGGUGAGCAGCAGGGAGGAAGUAUCCAGUGAGAAAGAUGAGAAGUGUUCUAAAUAGCAGCCUUAGAGUAAUGUUUUCCCUCCCCUUCUAACUUUUUUUUCCCCCUUGUUUCCUGAUGUAUCUUUUUGCUGUGGAUGCUGAAACUGGGUGAAAAGGGGCUCAGGAAGGGUGGGGAAUGAAAGUAGCCCACGAGAAUGAGAUUGGCUAGCAGGAAGAAGUAUUAAUGCAUCUAUGCUCAUUUGUAUUUAAAGGAGGUACAUAUGUCUGGCAUUUGUUUGUUGAACUGCCCGUAUUUGGAAGAUCCAAAGACUUUUAGCAUCUUACUCUCAGUCUUUUCUAAAAUGCAUUAAGAAAUUAAUUGUCCUUGUAUUUUUUUUAUUAUGCCUUAAAACUUGUUUUUUAAAUGCAGUUGAUGCCAAUAUUUUCUCUAGAACUACUUAUAUUUUACAGUGUAAUUUUGAUGGGGGCAUUUUCUUACUUUUGCAGGGCAGAAAUGGGAAUAACAGUUACAUUAAACCUGGCAAUCAUGUAGUCAAAAUCUGUUUUUGAGUUUUCCUUGCCAGACCCUUCUUCAAAAUUCCUGAAUUCAACCCUUUUCUUUUUUCUGAUAAAAUGGAGGUUGACAUUUGCAACUCACUAGUGGGUAUAUAUUUUUCUCUCAAAGAGAAUUGUUCAUUUUCACUUUUUUUCCACAAACUGUACGUUUAUUAAACACCUUAACUUUUGAGUAGAAUGAUCAUACCAAUGUUUUUUUCAACUGAUAUUUUUAGUUAGUUACAAAUUAUUUCCCUUAUUCAUCCUUAUUUUAAGAGUGUAAUCCGUUUAUUAUUAACCUCUUGGUAACAGAAACUAUUGAAUUUACCCAUGUGCUUACUUUGGAAGUAUUUAGUCUGGAAUGACAUUUAUGGAAUUAGGGAUGGGGCUUAGUACGGUCCUCAGCCACUUGAGAAGUUGGAGGAAGGGGGUACACUCCUUUCUUCUUUGCAAGAAAAAAAAAUUAGCUAUAAUGGGUUACCUGAAAGAGGCAUCUAAUAUCAUAAAUUAACGUUUUUUUGUAUCUGCCUAGCAUUACUGCACUGAUUAAACAAUUACUUUUUGCACACAUAAAAUUGAACAAAUUCUUCCUUAGUAAUAGCUGGCAUUUAUAAUACUCUUUAAAAAAAAAGUUUGCGGAGUGCUUUCCUUUUCAUUUGAUCCUUCAAACCUCCCUGAGAGAAUAGGAGUUACUGGUAUGAUCCCCUUUUACAGGUGAGGAACAGGCAUAGAGAAGUUAAGAGAUUUGCCCACAGUCACACUGUCGACUAAGUGGCAGAAUGGGUUUUGAAUCUAUGUCUUGAGUGACUCAAGUCCAGCCCUGUCCUACACAAAACUAGCAGUAUGUAGAUUCAGAGGAAUUCACUGAGGCAUUAAAUGUUGCAUAAUUAGGUAUUGAAUAACAGAAAUCAAAGGGUAAUUACUUGCUUUAAUUACUGUGCUUUGUUCAAGUAUACAGUGAUUCAUAGGGUGUGACUUGUAUCCAGUCCUAUUAUUUUUGUUAUGCUGAAUCAGGCAAAUUUUAAAUGAAGCACACUUCUUCCUGUUUAAUCAUAUACUUUGUAUAUUUACCUCAUGCUUCUUACUGAGCCCAAGUAUCAUUCUUUCCAGUAGACUAUUAAUGAAGUAUGAUUGCUGUUUUAUGUGUAACAUCAGAAUGAUGCUAUAUAAAAUUCAGUUCUGCAAGAAAAUGAGACAGCACUUAUCGGAGCUGACGUGAAUUUUAUGUUUUGAGAAAAGGCAUACAGCAUUAAAGGUGGGCGUUUAAUAUUGGU